CAGCCAGGCCGCCUGGGGACAUCGGGGGUGGCUCAGCGCUCCCCCAGAAUCACCCCCGAGGUGAGGGGGUGAGGCUGGAAGGAGCGGCGGGUGAUGGAUUUGGUGUCCGGCUUUCCCCGGGCUGUGUCCCCGGGAUGUCCCCACCCGUCCCGUCCCUCCCGCAGCGCCUCCCUCUCCUCCUGCCCUCCCCUCCAUCCUCGCUCGGACCUCGGAGCGCGGCGCAGCGAUCCCAGCCUGGCCAUGAAGGGUCCCCUGCGUGGAGGGAUGUUCUCCCGGCAUGUUAAACGGCACCCCGGACUCGUUCCUCUCAUUGGCUUCAUCAGUGUGGGCCUGGGCAGUGCAGUCCUGUACCUGCUGCGGUUGGCACUGUACAGCCCAGAUGUCAGCUGGGACCGGAAGAAUAAUCCUGAGCCCUGGAACAAGCUGAGCCCCACAGACCAGUACAAAUUUCUGGCAGUUUCCACCGACUACAAGAACCUCAAAAAGGAGCGGCCCAGCUUCUGAGCCACCUCCGGGACGUGCUGGGGUGAAGGGGGAGCCCCCCACUGCCCCCCCCAGCUCCCCCAAACCGUGUGGCCGUGUCCCACCCCCCAAUAAAGCACAUCCCUGGGGGUGCCCCCUCACCCCCACCUCGUG